GUCAGUCAGAGACCGUCACAUCAUCAUCCGGCUGACGAAAAUAAUGCAAUUCAAGGAGUGCUUGAUCGGGAAGAAUGAUUUUUUCGAAUAGCGUUAACACGUUUCCAAUUAAAGAAACGCCGGGGUAAUCCGGUGGGACCGAUUACGUCGGCAAAAAGUCAGUAAAAGGCUGGGAAAGAUCUAACGAAAGUUACCGAGCAAAGGUUGCCAAGUGGACUUUUAUUGUUUACCACCCACCUCAAGUCGAUAAUAUCAUAUUGAACUACCAUAUGCAUCAUAUACUAUAUAAGGGCCUGCGUUUACAGGCACGGCUGAAAUGGUGUAGUUUAUGGAAUAAAGUGCACACCGGGAGAAAUUAUUCAUUUCGUGAGCAAGUUUCUACCUUGUCUGAACGGCGACAGAAUAAAAAAGGACACGAGUUGCGAGGAGAGGCAGUAGGGUAUAUUUUGUGAAGCCCGGUUUAAAGUGCCACCAGUCGCGGCUCGGAGGCUUGAACCUGAUUUCAACAGCAAUGAACGGACUGAGGUCGCCCUUUUUCUUUGGACUUGUACUUCUAAUAAUCACAGCUGGAUUUUGCAAAGAGAGGACAGAUCUCACGGAGUUACGGGAAAACAAAACCCUAUUUAACUUAAUAUUGGAAAUCAUCAAUCAGUUACAAAAACAGCACGAGGAAGAAACCAACGAGGUGAACUAUUUCCCACAAGGUGUCGAUUAUACUUUUGAUUCUCAGGAACUACCCGACAAUGAUGUCUAUCAUAAGGAGGAGAGGGUUGAGAUAGUGCCCAGAGAUCUGAGGAAGAUGAAAGACAAGUUUUUAAAACACUUAACAGGUCCUCUUUACUUCAGCCCUAAGUGCAGCAAACACUUCCACCGGCUGUACCACAACACCAGGGACUGCACCAUACCAGCAUAUUAUAAAAGAUGUGCCAGACUUCUGACAAGAUUGGCAGUCAGUCCGAUGUGUGUGAAAGGCUAAAUUCGAUUACUGAUGAGAACGUUAAGUUAAGAUAUCCCCAGAACCAAGAAAAGUGCCUUGGAAAACAACAGGGAAAUACAUUGAUCUCAAUACCUUUAUAACAUAUUCCAUUGUGAACAAAGAUUUAUUUUUGCAAACUGAUGGAUUACCUCCAUAAACUCCUUAAUGUGCAUUUUGUAUGUUGUCAACAUUAUUUCUGUAAUUCUGUACAUUCAUAUAAAUAACUGCCAACGUUACAAAGGCUGAACAUUUAAGAAAAUAAUAACACUUCACUGUUUUUCUGUGUAAUGCUGCCAAAAAAUGCACAAAUGCUUUCUUGUUCAACAACUGAUGUUUGGAGCAUUCUUUUGUAUUAAAUAUUGAGACACUCAGAUACUGUUCAAGACAAGGCCAAUGAAUCCUCAAUUUACUGUAGGAUUUUUUUUUCAUGCUUCAGAGUGCUGGUUACCUUUACUUGUCAUAUGUAAUGCUUAUGCAGUCUAAAACCAUUUGCUGUGUCAUAACACUGCAAAAUAUUGAUAUAAUAGAAUGCUUUGGUUUGCCCUCUACCCCAAGGGAUAAGUUAUGGUUUGCAUGACAUUUUUCCUGCCUUUGUCUUUACAAAAUUUAAUAUUUUAAAACUACACUGUUAGGUUAGUACAUUGUUGGUUAUGGUUUACAUUCCCUGAGCUGAAAAAAAGUUUGUGAGCAAUUAUCUUUUCUCUACCACAGUGGAGUGUCAUUUAUACAGAAACAUACAAGAUAAUGUCAUUAGUCACUGUACAUUAAGAUUUAUAAACAUUCCAGCUAACAUGUGCAAUAUGUAUAUAUUGUAAAGACCUGAAUAUAUAUCAGUUAUAAAAUAAAGUGUUUGGUAUUUCA